AUGGCCAUUGUUGGGGUUGAUGAUUCUUUCAAGAGACCAGGAACUGUACCUUUUAGCUGGGAGAUCCGACCCGGUGUACCCAAGACCCGGAUGUCUCAACCCGGUAACAGUAACACCAUUCUUCACCCUCCCAAGAAACUCUCUCCACUCCGUUUAAAACCAUUGUCUCACUCUCAGCCGCUUUUCCCGCCGGCGUUAUCUCCGCCGUCGUCUUCUUUCAUUUCCAAUUCCAAGAGCCGUCCUUUAUCUCCUCUCACUCCUCCUUCAUUUUCUUCUACUCCAUCGAAGCUCAAGCCGCCUCCACCGUCUCAUUCUGGAUUCUACUCUCCGGGACCUUCUUUCCGAUCAUCACCGCGUGCCUUCUCGGAACGGUGGCAGCUCCACCGCCCUAACCGGGUCAAACCCGGAUCCGAAUCCGAACAUGGACAUGAUUUUGCUGUUGCCGGACUCGGGUGUUUCCCGACACCUAAGUUUAGAUCGAGGAAGAACAAGAGCAGUGGUCUGAAAAAACCCGGGUCGAUGUCGGAGCGUGGUUACUGUUCCGAUUUAGAGACAAUGUCACCGUGGACUGUUUCUAGCCGGAGAUCGGUUUCUCCGAGAUGGGACUCCCCGAAAUCGUCCUUCUCUUCGCUCCGAUUCUCGCCACGAAUCGCCAACGAAGCUGAAUGGGUCGGGUUUGGGCUUUUUUGA